GGGCCGGGGCUUGGAGCUGCCUGCGCCGCCUCGGCCUCUGGGGCUCCCUCCGGAGCCGCCUUCGCCUGCGGCUCUCGGACUGGGGGCGGUUGCGGGGCCGGGGAGGUGUGAAGCGGCGAGCGGCAGGCAGCGCUCCGCGGCUGCUGUGUGCCGCGGCUGUGGCCCGGUGCAGGGGGUGUCGGCGCCGCUCGGGGCUUUAGCUUUAGAUGCGUUGUCUCCGUAUCGGAGCAGAACGGUGAGAGGGCACAGGAGAGGCCGCGCCCAGCCUGCGUGCUGGAGCAGCCACUGGCACGGCAGGGCGUGCGCGGAGGGGCCGGGACAGGACCUCAGGUGGUCUCUGCAAGGUAUUGUUCUCUUGCGUUGGUAGCAGCCGCAUCUUUGUUGUAUCAGGAGCUUUAUCUGCUCGAAACUCGGUCUUACGACACAGAAGUUGGUUGUACAUCACACGAACCUGCUGUGGCCGAGACCAAGAAGUGAAACUUAGCUCUAGCAUUUGAGCACUUCAGCGGCUCUGUGGUGUCAGUUCAGACAGUGUCAGUGUCUCCCAGAGAGCAGCAUCUGUCCCGAGAUCUCUGAUAAAUCAGCUCGGGAUACCUCAUGUACCACUCCCCACGGGUUCUUCAGUAGUGCUUUCUCCACGCCUGUAGCAGUGCUGCCUUUCAGCCGUGCAGGCCACUGCAUCAGUUCGAGUGUCCUGUGGGAGGAAGCUUACACAGAUGGGAGAGCAGAGCUGCACCAGGGCUCUGUCGACUUCCUUGGAUAUUGGGCUGAGUAACUGGAGCUUCCUCUAUGUCACUGUCUCCCUCUACACCAUGACCAAAUCCUCUGCCAUUCUCUUCAUCCUGCUGUUUUCACUGCUCUUCAAGCUGGAGGAAGUGAGGCUGACGUUGCUGCUCGUGGUUCUGCUCAUCGCUGCAGGCCUCUUCAUGUUCACCUACAAGUCCACACAGUUCAGCACUCAGGGCUUCGUGCUGGUGCUAUGUGCCUCCUUCCUGGGGGGCAUUCGCUGGACUCUCACACAGUUACUCAUGCAGAAGGCUGAACUGGGGCUCCAGAACCCCAUUGACACCAUGUUCCACCUGCAGCCGCUCAUGUUGCUGGGGCUCUUCCCGCUCUUUGCGGUGUUUGAGGGCCUGCCUUUGUCCAUAUCAGAGAAGCUCUUCCAUUUCCAUGAAGCAGGAAUGCUGCUCUCUCUGGUAGGGAAGCUGUUCUUGGGUGGAAUUCUUGCCUUUGGUCUAGGCUUUUCUGAGUUCCUCUUGGUUUCCAGAACAUCUAGCCUCACCCUUUCCAUUGCUGGCGUUGUUAAGGAGAUCUGCAUUCUGUUCCUCGCCACACGUCUGCUGGGAGACCGCCUGAGCCCACUCAACUGGCUGGGCUUUGCCGUCUGCCUCUCGGGCAUCUCCCUUCACCUUGUUCUCAAGGCCAUCAGUCCCAAAGGUGAAAAAGCACCAAAGCUACACAAAGAGCCCAGCUCUGAACCUGACCUGGAGCUGCUGCUGCACCACCCCAAAUGUGAGGAAGAGGAGAAUGUUGAAACCCCACAACAAUGACUGCACAUGAAGCACAAAGCCCCCUGCUCUGUUCUUGCCAAACCUGCUUGAGAGCUAUCUAGAAGGAAGGUCCAAGAGGCUCUCUCUGUGGCCACCUAAGGGGAGCCAGACCCUGGGGAGUGUCCUGCUGCUCUGCUACGUAGUGGCUCUGGAGGUGCUGCACGAGGGACAGGCAAAUGCUCUUCACAGAGAGCAAGCUCGGAGGUCAAGCCCUGGUUCAGUGGAAGUGCAGUGGUGCGGUGAGACCCGAAAGUCCUGCUGGAGUCUUGUGCUGAGUGUAGCCCACGGGCUGUAGAAUGACAGCAGCCACGUUGGGACUGCACACUGAGCAGUUCAGAGAUGGUUUUUGUGUCAUUUAGGCCUUGGCUUCAAAACAGAAGGUGGAUAAACCUUCCUAUGCUUGGUUUAUGGUCCUGCUCAGUAGGAGCUCCUAUCUUGGUGGGAGCAGAUGACUGCACAUACAUCUGGGGACCUGGUGAGAAGCCUUUGUGCCUGCUGACCUCUGUGUGAGAGAAUUAAACCCUGCUGUUUGGGACCAGUCAUGCACAGCCAAAGGGUGUUGGUUGAAGAGGGACAAUGGUGCAAGAGUACUUCUGGGCCAAGGGGAGAGCCAGCAGCAACACAGGAGCUCUAGCCUGAGCAGUAAGCUUAUUGGCAGGUAUGUGGGUAUUGGAGGGGGGGUUGGUUUUGCUUUGGUUUUUUAAUAAACUGUUUUUCUGAUUC